UGGAAUAUUUAUUCCUUUCUUUCCUCUUUCUAUUCACCCUCACUUUAGCACAAUCUAUUAAUAAUGCUAAUAUAAAUUCAUCCCCAAAUAUUGCACCAAACAUGCAACCCACAACUUCUCCAAAAGAAAAUGCAAAUUCACCAACUAGUCAUUCUGCAUACCCUCUUGGAUAUGAAAAUGAAAAUGCACCAUCACAAUCACAAUCACAAUCACAAUUUCCGCCUAUCAUCCCUCUUGAUAAAAUUUCUGGCCUCCCAUCUUCUCUUAUUCCCACCAAUACGCGAAAAGACGAUGGUGGGAAUAGUGAGACUAAUAAUAUUAUAAAGAAGAUAUGCGACAAUACUGACUAUCCUGACCUUUGCACCACAACUAUCGCCCCAUUUAUGCGCGGAGGUAUCAUCAACGUACAAAAUGUUCUCCAAGUGGCCAUGAAACAGAGCGAUGCGUUUGCCAAAUUGGGAUUUGCAACAUUUAAAAGAGCUUCAGAAUCCCCUGUUACUCCACCUAGAACUAAGAAAUUGCUUAAAACUUGCCUCGAUAGUUGGGAUACUGUGUUGUACAAUUACGAAGAAGCUUUAGAGGCUCUGCGUAUUCAUGACAGUGGACGUAUGAACAGCAUGCUCAGUGCUGCAAUUACUGAUAUCUCUGAUUGUGAAGAUGCCUUUGAAGGUGUCAUUACUCCUAUGUCUGGGUAUAGUGACAGGAUGACUAAAAUGACAAGUAAUUGCCUAGCCAUUGGUUCACAACUUGGGGAUUAGACUAGACAAUUACCUAUCGAGUUAAUGCUCAAAAACACACCUAAGUUAUUACCUUUUCACGAAUUUCAUAUCUCAACUAUCUGUUCUUCUAUUUAUCAAUCUAAACUAUCACUCCAUUUAUAUUAAAACACACUAGAUGUUGAGUUGGACAAAUAUGUAUUUCUAAUCGACAACAGUCGCAAGCAGGAUAAUUCAACAUUGAGACGUGUUAUAAUACAAAGAGAAUGAUGGUUAAUUGAUGGAACAAUGAAUAUAGUUGAGGUAUGAAU